AAAACGAGAAAAAAAGACCCAAAAAUUUCUCUCUCUUUUCUCUUUCUCCAUAUUUUCUCCCCCUCUCUCUCAUUGUUGAUCGAUCCAUGGGAGAGGAACUGGAAGCUUAGCCCGAACGUGAACCUCAACCUCGAUCGAUUGUUUUGGACAAUCUUGCGUGGGAUUGACAGGGUUGGAUAGGGCGUGUGGUUCUGAGAUCGGAAUAAUGGGAAUGUGAUGGUGUGGGCAUGGGGGGUGUCGUUGUCUUUUUGGGGUUGUGGUGGUGGUGGUAGGGUUGUUGCGGCGGUGGGGCUGCGCGAACGACGAUGCAGCUUCACUUCUCGCCGAGCAUGAGAAGCAUCACGAUAUCGAGCAGCAACAACAAUGGGUUUAUUGACUUGAUGAAGAUCAAGGUCGCAGCUCGCCACAUUUCCUAUCGAACCCUCUUCCACACCAUCCUCAUCCUCGCUUUCUUGUUGCCUUUUGUCUUCAUUCUCACCGCUCUCGUCACCCUCGAAGGUGUCAACAAGUGCUCCUCCUUUGAUUGCUUAGGUAGGCGGUUGGGGCCAAGGCUUCUUGGUAGGGUUGACGAUUCAGGGAGACUAGUUAGAGAUUUUUACAAGAUUCUUAACGAAGUGAAGGCUGGGGAAAUUCCACCUGAUCUAAAGCUGCCAGAUUCUUUUGAUCAACUGGUUUCUGAUAUGAAGAACAAUCAGUAUGAUGCAAAAACUUUUGCGAUCAUGCUAAGGGGAAUGAUGGAAAAACUUGAGAGAGAAAUCAGAGAGUCUAAAUUUGCAGAGCUGAUGAAUAAACACUUUGCUGCAAGUUCUAUCCCUAAAGGGAUUCAUUGUCUGUCUUUGCGUCUGACUGAUGAAUAUUCAUCAAAUGCCCAUGCACGCAAACAAUUGCCUCCUCCAGAGUUACUUCCUUUACUCUCUGACAACUCGCACCACCAUUUUAUUCUGUCUACUGAUAACAUCUUGGCUGCUUCAGUAGUUGUUACUUCAGCUGUUCAAUCGUCUCUGAAACCAGAGAAAAUAGUCUUCCAUGUGAUCACUGAUAAAAAAACUUAUGCGGGUAUGCACUCAUGGUUUGCACUGAAUCCAGUCAACCCUGCUGUAAUUGAAAUCAAAGGAAUUCACCAAUUUGACUGGUUAACUAGAGAGAAUGUCCCAGUACUUGAAGCUGUAGAAAAUCAAAACGGGAUCAGGAAUUACUACCAUGGGAAUCAUCUAGCAGGAGCCAAUCUCAGUGAUACUAGUCCACGUAAAUUUGCAUCUAAAUUGCAGGCGAGAAGUCCGAAGUACAUAUCUUUACUCAACCACCUCCGCAUAUACUUACCAGAGCUUUUCCCAAACCUUGACAAGGUGGUGUUUUUGGAUGAUGAUGUGGUAAUUCAACGUGACUUGUCUCCACUUUGGGAAAUUGACCUGGAAGGAAAAGUUAAUGGAGCUGUGGAAACUUGCAGAGGUGAGGACGACUGGGUCAUGUCUAAGCAUUUUAGGAACUACUUCAAUUUUUCUCAUCCCCUAAUUGCAAGGAAUUUGGAUCCUGAUGAGUGUGCAUGGGCUUAUGGAAUGAAUAUCUUUGAUCUGCGUGCAUGGAGAAGAACUAAUAUAAGAGAGACAUACCAUUCUUGGCUGAAAGAGAAUCUGAAGUCAAACCUGACAAUGUGGAAGCUUGGAACGCUGCCUCCUGCUUUGAUUGCAUUUAAAGGUCUUGUUCACCCAAUUGAUCCCUCAUGGCACAUGCUUGGAUUGGGUUAUCAGAACAAUACCAAUAUUGAGAGUGUGAAAAAGGCUGCUGUUAUUCACUACAAUGGUCAGUCAAAACCUUGGUUGCAAAUUGGGUUUGAACAUCUUCGGCCAUUUUGGACCAAAUAUGUCAAUUAUUCUAAUGAUUUUUUGAGGAACUGUCAUAUCCUGGAAUCAUAGUCUGCCAGCAAGGAGCGCAAUGUUUUGUACAACAUUGAAUAUGAAAGGGACGAGUAAUACAGGUUUCAUCUAAAUUUUUGCAGCUUGAAAUUUUCUUCAAGAAGAAUUUGACAAGGCAAAUAUAAAAUUGGUUGAGAGGGCCAAAGUGAUAAAAAACACUGGGUGGAUUUGCUUCCAUUCCCUACAUUUUUACAUCCGACACCACCGUCACUGCACGGCCUUAAAGAAUCAUUUGGGUCCUUGAGUUUUGACAUAGAAACACAUCCUCUAUUUUUGGUUUGUGAAAGGAUAUACUAUUAUUGGUCUUCUAUGGGACAAAUAUAUCAAAGAUUCCAUAGUUGAUUGUUGGAGAAUAAACUGGAUGCUGGAGAUAAAAAAAUCAGGCAUGUUUCAUCAAUCUAGUUGGUGUUGAGAACACAAGUGCUAGGGCAGUAAGUUGCGAGGUUCCCCCCUCUAGAGCAGCAUUUUACCCUUCAUUUUUUAGUUUCUUAAUUUUUGUUAGUGCCAAUUUUUACCUUCACCUGCUUUGAUUUGAUAUCAUGAUGGUGAAUUCUAGGAGUAGUUCAUGGAGAUUGCUUCGUUACGGGUUCAUUGAAUUGGGGAACUGUUUGUAGGAUAUAUAAUAUAUAUUGUUAUUCAUUAUGUACUAUUACGAGACAUUGGAAAUGUGCAGAAAAUUCAUUUUUCUCCCUUC